AACUUUUUCCUUUUCCUAUUAGAUGUUGGUCAUCUUUCUGAAGUAGAAUCUCCAUGGCCUGAACAUUUUCUGGAACUCAUUUGGAGCAAAAUAUCUGUUUAAUAAAAAAAGAUAACCACAUCAAGAUGGUUGGAAAACUGAAGCAGAACUUACUAUUGGCAUGUCUGGUGAUUAGUUCUGUGACUGUGUUUUACUUGGGCCAACACGCCAUGGAAUGCCACCACCGAAUAGAGGAACGUAGUCAGCCCCUCAAAUUGGAGAGCACAAAGACGACUGUGCGAACCAGCCUGGAUGUCAAAGCCAACAAAACCUUUGCCUAUCACAAAGAUAUGCCUUUAAUUUUCAUUGGAGGUGUGCCUCGGAGUGGAACCACACUUAUGAGGGCCAUGUUAGAUGCACAUCCUGAUAUUCGCUGUGGAGAGGAAACCAGGGUCAUCCCUCGAAUCCUGGCCCUGAAGCAGAUGUGGUCACGGUCGAGUAAAGAGAAAAUACGCUUGGAUGAGGCUGGAGUCACCGACGAAGUGCUGGAUUCUGCCAUGCAAGCCUUCUUACUAGAAAUCAUUGUUAAGCACGGGGAGCCAGCUCCUUAUUUAUGUAAUAAAGACCCUUUUGCCCUGAAGUCCUUAACUUACCUUGCUAGGUUAUUUCCCAAUGCCAAAUUUCUCCUGAUGGUCCGAGAUGGCCGGGCAUCGGUACAUUCAAUGAUUUCUCGAAAAGUUACUAUAGCUGGAUUUGACCUGAACAGCUACAGGGACUGUUUGACCAAGUGGAAUCGUGCCAUAGAAACCAUGUAUAACCAGUGUAUGGAGGUUGGCUAUAAAAAAUGCAUGUUAGUUCACUAUGAACAGCUUGUCUUACACCCUGAGCGGUGGAUGAGAACACUCUUAAAGUUCCUCCAUAUUCCCUGGAACCACUCGGUGUUACACCAUGAAGAGAUGAUUGGGAAAGCUGGGGGAGUAUCUCUGUCCAAAGUGGAGAGAUCAACAGACCAAGUCAUCAAACCAGUCAAUAUGGCAGCUCUAUCAAAAUGGGUUGGGAAAAUACCUCCAGAUGUUUUACAAGACAUGGCAGUGAUCGCACCCAUGCUUGCCAAACUCGGAUAUGACCCAUAUGCCAAUCCACCCAACUACGGAAAACCCGAUCCCAAAAUCCUUGAAAACACUAGAAGGGUCUAUAAAGGAGAAUUUCAGCUACCUGAAUUUCUUAAAGAAAAACCUCAGUUGGUGCCUAGAAGACUUGUGAAUACAAUAUACACAGCCAUUGUCCCUCAACUGCAGAGUCCCCCAAAUUGGGAAAGAUGACUGAGCAAGUGGAGUAGCAGAGCCGGAAACCUCUUACAUACAUGAGGGAAGACUGAUGCCUUUUCAACAGAAGGGAUGUUUCCAGGGCUGGCUGUCACCUGCUGAGAUCCAUGGAGUGUGUGUACCGUGGCCUGCAUCUCCCGUGCGUUAGCCAGACUCCUCCCACUGAGCGGGCGGAAUGUCAGAACACAUUUGGACCUUCCUGAGUAAUCUGUCUCCUGAGCACAGCGCUCUUGGUUCUAAUUGCAUGCACAACCCAGCAGAUACGGAGCCCAGAAGGGGUGCGUGCUUGCUGUUAAAACUGCGCUGGUCCUUGUCUUGUCUUAUCAGAUUCCAAACUUUGUUUUCAAGGGGAGAGUUUAAAAUUGGGAUUCUGUAAGCAAAAUUGGGCAGUUUUAUCUUGGACUAGGUCGUCUGUACAUGUUCUAAUGUUUUGUAGAACACUUGUACCUGUUUAAAUGUAUCGGUGUGGAUAAUACUAAAUAUCUUAAUUAUUUAAAUAAUUCAUUGUAUUGUUUCUGAGAAGUUGAGGGAUUACUGUAUACAUUUACAACUUAAUGACUUUUGUAUUUUAUUUUUCAAAAUAAAAGCUUUACAUGUGAAGCA